AAAAGAUGAUUAAAAAGGGAGUUAAUUGGCAUAUUUUCAGCAAAAAAUAUAUUUAAAUAUAAUUCUCUGAAUAAAGUUUCAUAUAUAACCUAAAAAGAGAGUUUUUUCAGCAUUUUUUUUCUGUCUUAUAUGAGUCAAAAUAUUGUUAGUAAUUAUGAUCCUUCAGAAUAUUCUUUUUCAAAAAGAAAACCCCUUAGAUGUACUUCUCUCCAUCAUUCAAUACUUUUAAAUUCUAUUGAAGAAUCAGGAAGAAUUUCUAAUUAUGGUUUGUCUAAUGAAACGAAUUUUUUGCAAGGAUAUCGAACAAAUGCUUGUCAUAUUCAAGAUAGUCAAGAUCUAAUAAACGCAAUGAUUCAUAAAGAAACACAAAGUAGUUCGUCAGAUGAGGAAAGGGGGAUUAAUGAUAUAGAAGAAAAUAUGGUUUAUUUUACAGAUUACGAAGCAAAUUUGUCUAGAAUAAAUAUGAAAGAUAGAUUGGAUAUGGAAAGAAUGCCAUGUUCAUUCAUAGAAAAUAGUAAUUUAAAUAAAAAAGAAACAGUUCCAGACUUUUAUCAAAAACAAUCAGAUAAUAUUGAUUUAUUUAUAAUGCCAUAUGUUCAAUCAGAUGCAAUUAAACGAGUGGUGACUAGAAAUAAGUCUUUAAUUCCUAAACCUAAAAUGAUUCAAAGAAUUGCGGAAAGUUUACUUGAAGAAUCAUCACCUGCUGAAUCAGAAAUAAAGAAUGAAGCUCUUCUUUCAGAAAUAUUACGAAAAUCAAGAUAUAUUAGUGGUUGUAUAAAUUCUUAUAAUAAUAUUCAAGAAAAAGAAUUACAUGAUACGGCUGAUACUUCGUCUAUGACAUCAAUUCACAGGAAUAAUUUACAUUCUAAGGAUUUCAUAGAUUUAUUUCCUGUUAAAAAACCAAAUACUGAUUCGACUGUAAAAAGCAGUCCAAUGGUUUCUCCUUCACCUAUAAAAAGUUUUAUCCAAAAUGUAAAAACCUCUAAGAGAAAAGUUAAUUCUGAUGAACGAUUCGAACCAUAUCUUUCUUUUAAACGAAGAGCUGUCUCUCCCAGUCUUGGAGGUAGUAGUCCCACUUUAACAACAAAUAGCUCCCCUCUUUCUUCUAAAUUGAGUAUUUUUCCUAUGCAAGAUACCAACGAUAGUUUAAUGAAAAUGAGUUUACAAUAAAUAUUUAUAUAAUAUUAUCAAUACUUUUUCAAAAACUUCAAUAUACAACUUUUCUU